UCCAGAAAAAAAAAAGAAAACGGCUAAAGUUGACUCUUAAUUAGCUGAAAGGCAAAGCGUAGGUUGUUCGUCUGCUGUUCAAUCACACACUUGACGCAUAGAAAAGUAAAGACCAAUGAUUCAUUAGAAACGUAAUAACUAGAAGGAACGUUUGUUAAUAAAUUUAAGUAAAAAACAAUAGUUUUACCACGGAAAUGUAAAAGUGAUAUUCGCUUCUUUGCUUGCGACUUAAAUAAACAAAUAAACCUAACUGGCAUAUUUUUUGAUAAGCUUCAAUUGAACCAUUGAACCCGUAGAGUCACUCGCGCCAUCUGACGACGAAAGCUGGAAUACGGUCCAUGUCCGGCCGGAGUUAUGUCACUUGUCGUCCAUGAAGCUUUGUGUCACCUGCCCACUUGGAGGCGCUCUACCCAAUGGGCUUGUCGUUUUGAAGCCGUAACAGGCUUGAGUUGUGUGUAGGCCAGUGUCGUGUUUGUGUCAUAGCAGGUGAGAAUACCGUGACCUAUAUUGGGACACAUCAUCUACUAAAACGUGUGUAGCUUGUUGAAGAACAGAGAUCCAUUGCCCUAUGAACGAGUGACAAGACCUUCCUAGACCAUGCCUUAGGUGUUAAGUUCUAUGGACUUCUGAAGAUGCGAGGGUUUCCAAUGGGAGUUUUGUAUGCUGAAUCUGAACAACAGGCCUCUGACUCGGAACAACGCGCGCCUGUGUUUUUUUUCUUCUGGAAUUAAGCCUCUCACACAGAUUGGCCCGGGAAACGAAAACGCGUACAGCAUGGUGCUGAAACGACUUGUUCUCGGAGGGACAAUUAUUGCCGCCUGCCUCUUUUUGGCUACUUGUCAAAUGGUGGACUUAUCAGGACCAGGCUGUGAUCGUUUGGACGAUGGUUUCCUUUUGUCCAAUAAGGAGCAAAUCAUCACAGCGUACCACCAACCUCGUUUCGACACCGCGCCGACACGAGAUGACUGCGAUGUAACCAUACGGUCGCGUUCUGGCACACGCAUCGAGUACCUUGUGGAGAACAUUCAGUUCAACGAAUGUGGGGUGACCAUUACACUUUUUGACAACCCGUCGGCGUAUAACAAUGCUAUUCGUGUAAUUAGCUGCUCAGACAACAGCAAGGUUUACCGAGGGAAGACUAGAUACAACGUGAUGCGCAUCCGAGUGAGAAUGACCACCCCAGAGUCACGGGCAUUCACCUUUUCCAUGAAGCUCAAGGAUGACAGAGGUCCGUCCCUGGAGUACAGAGGUGAUGAAGCAGGCUACCAGGGUGAUGCUUUGGAUCCGGGCAUUAUCGCCGGCAUCGGUGUUGCUGGUGCCAUCAUCAUUAUCGCCCUCAUACUGCUGGCCAUCUACCUGUGCAUACGAGCUCGCAAGGCCACCGUGAAAGAGGUGCCGGGAGGUAGCACUGUCGGAGAGUCGAGCGUCUACUACUCGGGAAACUCCCAAGUACUCUUCCCGUCCGGUGCACAACGCAACCCCAAAGGUCGAUAUGGCUCGAUGGAGGACAUCCGAAGCACCACCUCCUCGCAGGACAAGACGAAUGGAGCCUAUAGUAAUCCCGCCUACACAGCGGGACCCAGAGAGAAAAAGUCUGAGCGAUCGGCGGGCCGCGGAGUCGCGAACUCCGCAUACUCCGUCGACGAUGCAGACACGGGGAGAGGGGAUACAUCAUGGGAGGAGGGAGAGGCGAUAGAUCGCGGAGGCUCUCAGCGCCGCUCUAGAAAAGAGGCUUUUGAUGCCAGUGGCGGCAAAAAACCGCUCAAGUCUGCCCUCAAGAAGAGAGAUCCGGUGGAGAUUGAGAUGGGAAACGUAAGCCACCAGCCAAACGGGAUUCUUAAGAGACCUCAUUCGCCUAGCCGGUCACAAACAUCUUCUGUGGAGGGCUCAUUGGACACCAAUGCCUUAGUUCACGGCUAUGGGCACGGAAACGUACAGCAUCCCAAUGUACACCACAAACCUGUGCUGGAACGAAGAAGGUCAAGGUCAGGCACACGGUCACAUCACUCAAACUCUUCCAUUGGCAGAGCGUCUUCACGAGAGCGGCAAAAGUCGUCUGAGAGGAAAAAACCCAAGCCUAACAACCGCAUGUACAACCAAGACGUGUUCAUCGAUGACUCUCGGCAGCGACGUCGCAGCGGCAGUCGAGGCCGAACCCGGUCCAACAGCCUGCGCAGCAAGCGCAGCGACCGCACCAGUGACUCGGUGGACUCUGAGUCCUCAGCCAACUCAAUUUCUUCCCGCAAAGUCAGCAUGAACCCUGGCGGGAAACGCGUACAGAUCAAAGGCACAGAGACAGAUCUGUGA